UUGAAUUAAUUUAGACCUCAGUAGUUUAGUUAUUGUUCAUUCAUUAAAUUAUAUUGUAGUGUGUUUUACGCACGCACACAUAUUUAUAAUAUAUAUAUAUAUAAUAUUUAUCUAAUAUGGUGUACAAUAAUAUGCAUAUCGGCAUACUAUUUUUUUUAUCGACCAACACACUUCCUUGUUGUUUACUUUAAACAAAUAAAAUACAAUAAGUAUACUCAGUAGUCACACAUCCAAAAUCGUAAUCGAAAGCCUUCCCCACUCGACAUUUUAAUUAUUACAAAACCAUUAGAGCAGUUUCAUCAUCAAUACCAUUGUGAUAUUGUUGAAGUUUCAAGACACUUGUUGAAUUCAAACCCAUUGGUUCGACGUUCGAUUACUGCUUGUGACGGUUUUUUGGCGACCCUCAUCAAAAUAUUAUGAACAUUGGUGUCAUUUUUCAAUGAAAAAGUGUUUACCACUAUCACAACAGUAAUGAACAACCACAGUGAAAAUGUCGAUAUUAAUUGGUAUCAUGGAAAAAUAUCAAGGGACACGGCUGAAAUUAUUCUAUUAGACCACGAGAGUAAAGAAGAUGGUCUAUUUUUAGUACGAGAAAGCAAUUCUGCAUCCGGAGACUAUGUGCUUUGUGUGUUACAAAACAAUGAAGUAGUGCACUAUCAAAUACGGCGUCAUGGUGAAGAUGCAUUUUUCUCUAUUGACGAACAAAAUAUAAUGCACGGGUUAGAAACAUUAAUUGAACAUUACUGUAAAGUAAAUGAUCCAAGCUUAGGAGUGCAACUGUCCAAGCCUAUUGUCAAAGAUCCUCCACCUCACGAUACCAGGAGACAUGGACGUACUAAUCUCUUGCACAGAGCCAUUACACAAGCUAAUUGCAAAGUGGUUACCGAGCUGUUAAAAUGUGGGUAUCGGAAUUUAGAAGCAAAAAACCAAGAGGGACAAACUGCAUUGCAUUUAGCUAGUCAGAUGGGCCAUGAUCAAAUUGUAGAGAAACUCAUUUCAUGUGGAGCCAAUGUGAAUUGUAGAGACACAGAAGGCUACACUCCUUUACAUUUCGCUUGUCAGAACAAUUUAUUGAACACUGUAAAAAUCUUAUUGACAAUUGGCGGCGCAAAUAUUCAGUUGAGAAAUUCAUCGACUGGAUGGGUAGCUCUACACGAAGCAUCAAGCCGAGGCCAUGCAGAUAUUGUGGCUUUAUUAUUGUCCAUGAAUGCUCCAUCGAGGCCACGAACUUUUGACGAUUUUCUACCUGCAGACUUAGCACGUACCAAUGGACACACUGAAGUUGAACAAAUGUUGAAUGAGUUUGUUUCUCCUACGCCAUCUUCGAGAAAAGAUCAAUGGUAUCAUGGCAAGCUUGAUCGUCAUGAAGCCACAGCAAUAUUGAAAACAAAAGAUGUUGACGGUUGUUUUUUAGUCAGAAUGAAUAGGCAGAGUGGCUAUGUCUUAUCUAUGAUGUGUACUAAUCAAUGUUAUCAUUUCCAGAUCCAAGAUCGCGAUAAAUAUUAUUUUAUUGACAAUGGACCAUAUCUGAAUUCGUUGGAACAUCUAAUACAACAUUAUAUAUUAUUUCCUGAUGGUUUACCGAAUAAAUUAGAAGUGCCUGUAAGUCCAGCAGUUAUUCCACCCUUACCAAAAGGAUUUCCAUUUACAUUAAAAAAGCCAAAACCAAAACAUCAAACUGAAUUUCAAGACAAUAUUAUGAGGGACAAUUUGAUUUUAGAUGAAGUGAUUGGUGAAGGGGAAUUUGGUUCAGUUUAUAAAGGAACUUUUCAAAACCGAGAUGGUUUUGAAGAAAAAGUAGCUAUCAAAAUGUUACGAUACGAUAUGUCUUCAACUAAUAAAUCAGAAUUUCUGCGCGAAGCUCAUGUCAUGAUGAGUUUAAAUCAUGAAUGUAUUAUAAGAUUGAUUGGCAUAUGUGAAGGGCCACCAUUGUUGAUGGUCCAAGAGCUCAUUGCACUUGGUUCUAUGUUGACUCACAUCAUCACACACCCAGAACUCAUCAGUCCAAAUUAUGAGUUAAAAAUGUGGGCUGCUCAGAUAGCUUCUGGUAUGUGUUACUUAGAACAAAAACGUUUUGUGCACAGGGAUUUGGCAGCUAGAAACAUUCUUUUAGCAGAUAGACAUCAAGCCAAAAUUAGCGAUUUUGGUCUGUCGCGUACUUUGAAUGUUGAUAAGGACUAUUAUAGAGCUUCACAUGGUGGACGAUGGCCAAUUAAAUGGUAUGCACCUGAAUCAUGCAAUUAUGGAACUUUUUCUAGUGCUAGUGAUGUGUGGAGCUAUGGUAUUACAUUGUGGGAAAUGUUUUCUUAUGGACAGCAACCCUAUGAAAACAUGAAAGGUGUUGAAGUAAUUGGUAUUUUGGAAAAAGGAGAGAGGUUACAAAAAACUCAAAGGUGUCCAAUCGAAGUUUACAAAACAAUGGAGAUGUGUUGGGCAUAUGAACCCAAAGAACGCCCGACUUUUAGUCAGCUGUCAAAAAUAUUUGCAUCUGAUUCUGAUUAUGAGAAUUUCAAAGAUUUUAUAAAACUCUAAUAUCACCAUAUUGGGGAAGAAAAAACUAAUAAAAUCAUAUUCCUAUUAGUAGUAGAUUAUAAAAUUGAACAUUUAUGUUAAAUGACAAUUACUAACUAUAUCUGAAUUUUGGUUUUGAAAUAGUAAUGGAGUUACUAAUUCAAAUCGACUAGAAUUUUACAAAAUGAUUAUUGAUAACUAUAUUUUAUCUUUUAUUUUAUACAAUAUUUUAAUAUAUAUAAUAGAUUAUAGUUUUACAACACAAAUAUUUAUAAAAAGGAUUUCGAGAUAUAUUUUUGAUAAAAUUUCUUGGGAAUGUUGUGAUUUAUAAAUUUAAAUCUCCAUAAUGGUAUUUAAUUAUUUAUCUUUAAAUUUAUUUCAUUAUUUUACAGUUUAUACUAUGUUGAAUUUUAAUAUUUUUAUAAUGUUUAUUAUGUUUAUUUACAUAUGUUUAGUGUUUUAUAUUUUGAGUAUUAUAUAUGACAAAAAAAAAAACAAUGGACAUUUUUAUUACAUUUGUAAUGUUUAAAUGUAAUUUUUAAUCGAUUUUCAAUUGUUAUACCUAUUAUAUAUACAUUUUUUUGUGAGAUUCAAAAGUAUUAUAUACAGGGUAGCUCAAGAUUUAAAAAUUAUAUUAAAAUAAUGGUAAUCAUGUUUCUAUUGUAUUAAAAUGACCAAAUCAUUACAAAAUAUCAAAAUAAAUUAUCAUUGUCUUAUGUAAAGUUUUGCCUUGUGGAACUAGUAAAAUAAAUGUCUUCCAUUAAUUUUAUUUUUUUGUGUGUAUAAUUUUAAUUUUGAUUUAUAUUGAUACAAUAUUAUAGUAACAAAAUGUUGGGACAGUUUAAAGUUGUUUUUACUUCAUACAUUGUUUUAGAGAAGACUAUAUUUAUUUUUUCCAUGUUACAAAUGUAAACAAUUUAAACUCGAAUUUAUAUAAUGUAUUAUUUUGAAAGUAUGUCAAAACGGCCAAAUUGUCUCAUAGUUUUAAGUUUUUUUUAUGUAUAUAAACAUAAUAGCAUAUUAUAAUUGAGUUACCUCUCAUCAUAAUUUCAACAUUGUUUGCUCAAUCCAGUAAACAGAGAUAAAUUGUUGCCAUAAUAAUUAUAGUAUAUUAGUUUUUUAACAUACCAAUUUUUAACAAUAUUGUAAAACGUUCAAAAUAUUGUAUUAAUGCUAUUCUGAAAGCCAGAAACAAUCUAUCCAUAAACUAAUUAUUAUUUUAUUGUACGGUGGUCUAUACAGUCUACUUAUAGAUAUAUAACUAUGUUAUUGUUUAUUUGAAAAUUUGAAAUUAAUAUUUUAUUUGAAUAAAAUUUCCAUUUUUUUUUU